CCGGUUGCGUCGACAGUGGGGGAGAUUUGCACGAUCCUCAGAGGGCUGAUCGUAUCACGAUUUCACACGGCGGGUAUAGUACAUAUUCAAAGCGCGCGCUUGUUUUUUAUGAUCGGACAAUCAGAACAGCGAAAAAUGCAAUGCAUCAAGAAAUAUUGUAAGUGUUGUGCAAAAUUAUAAAACGAAAAUCACCAAAUAGAACAAAGAAUUGAAAAACAUGGUGAGAUAAACGUGAUCUAUAAAGUGUAUCGUGUAUAUUCAAUGUUAUUAAGAAACGGUGCAGAUAUAGUGGUGCAAUUCGAAUGAUUAUAUCCGCAUCCCUUCCUUAUUAUUUUGCACAUUCCAUUGGUGAAGUUGUACGUUGUCGUUUCCUUUCUCUGAAUAGUUCGAAUUAGCACGCGGUCAUCUCGGUUCGCGUACCAAAGAAACUUACGAGUUCUUGCGUUCACCGUGAAAAGAACAACGAUCAAGAAGAAAAAGAAAAGAAAAGGACGAAAGAAGAAAGAAGAAGAGAGUAAAGCCAAUGGAGCUGGUAGUACAUACAUGCAUGAUGAUCAAAUGAUCGCAUUAUGUCGAAUAAAAUCGCGAUAUAAAGGUAUUCCUGUAGAAUAUCUUGUGAGUUACAUUAACCGAAUCAUUCUGUCAUCUGUUUCAAAGAAGAGAGAGGUCGGUGGUUCUGUGUAUUAGUGUACAAUCGCGCCAUGGGGCAUCAGUGUUGGUUCUUCACAAACGACGGGACCUGAAUGUGUGCAUAUUUCUCCUGGCUGACUGGCCUGCCUUCCACCGUUAAGCUGCAUUCACAAAGGAAGCCGAUUUUUGGGCAAGGACCGUAUCUCGGUCGUUCUUGCCAAAAGUACGAAUCGAACCGGUUAAUGAGGACUAUCUGGCUUCGAUCGUCCAAUCAGCUAGCAGCUAGACUGGACGAGCAUAAUCGGAUGAAGUUGGGCCAAGCAUGCCCUCUAAGAAGCAAUAUAAUCUCGUACAUAAUGACGAGUACGACACGAGGAUACCACUGCACAGUGAAGAGGCAUUCCACCGUGGAAUUGUCUUCCAUGCCAAGUUCAUCGGCUCUAUGGAGGUUCCUCGACCGACCAGCCGAGUGGAGAUCGUGGCGGCGAUGCGAAGAAUCCGCUACGAGUUCAAGGCCAAAGGGAUCAAAAAGAAGAAAGUGACGCUGGAGGUAUCCGUGGACGGGUUGAAAGUCACUCUUCGAAAGAAGAAGAAGAAGCAACAGCAGUGGAUGGACGAGAAUAAGAUAUACCUGAUGCACCAUCCCAUAUAUAGGAUAUUCUAUGUCUCUCAUGAUAGCCACGACUUGAAAAUUUUUAGUUAUAUUGCUCGGGACGGUAGCAGUAAUACAUUUAAAUGCAAUGUCUUCAAAUCUAGCAAAAAGAGUCAAGCGAUGAGGGUGGUCAGAACAGUAGGACAAGCUUUCGAGGUGUGCCAUAAAUUAAGUUUAAACAACGCCACGGAGGAGCGGGAUCGGGGAGAGAAGGAAAGGGAGAGGGAGCAUGGUGAGAAUCACCGUGACAUUUACGAAGAUCAAGAUGAAAUACCCAAUGUACAAUCACAACCAUCGCCGUCUUCUGUUCAUAAAGAUAUAUCACUCUUAGGGGAUACAGAAGAUUCGGCACCAGAACAGACAACUGUUCCAUGUCUUCUGCGGUCGCAUGAAGUUCCAGCAACUACAGCGUCUACCUCGCCGAUUAGACAAUCGCCAUCGGGCACGGUGACCUCCGAUUGCGGAGGAUUAUUGGUUGGUGGCGAAUUAACUGCUCUGAAACACGAGAUUCAACUGUUACGAGAACGAUUAGAGCAACAAAGCCAACAAACCAGAGCCGCUGUUGCCCAUGCGCGACUUCUUCAGGAUCAGCUUGCUGCUGAAACUGCAGCUCGCGUCGAAGCUCAAGCCAGAACGCACCAAUUAUUGAUGCAAAAUAAAGAGCUUCUAGAGCAUAUAAGUGCGUUGGUUGGCCAUCUUCGAGAACAAGAACGAAUCUCGAGCGGCCACGUAACCUCACAAUCUCAGUUACCAGGCACGGCGACAAUACAACAGACUACUACUGUUCCUGAUCUGUCGAAUAUCGGCCAGUACCAACGAACAGGAGGACAAAAUUCACCAUGGGAAUUGGAUCCACCAUCCCCAUAUUGCUCUUAUCCAACAGAUUCUUUGUCUUACCCUGGAAACCUGAGUACAAUUGGAAUACAAGGGAACAGCAAUACAGAUCAAUUACAGUUUCAAGCCCAACUUUUAGAAAGAUUACACAACAUAAGUCCAUAUCAACCUCAAAGAUCACCUUAUAAUACACCAUCUCCUUACACGAUGGGUCCUAGUCUUCUUGUCCCACCUAAUAAUAUACCAACUAAUUCAGCCCAAUUGUCUCCAAACUCCAUGUCAUUAAGAGUUUCUCAAUCAAACAGUUUUUCAUCAUCGCCCAUAAUGACGCACAAGUUAGAUAAUUAUAUAGGAAACACAGAAAAUACGGAAUUUAAGUCAACAUUUAUAAAACCUAUACCCUGUACAAGUGAAAGGAAUGUCAAUCAUGAGACAGUGGGUAAACAGGAUCGAAAUAACUUACAUGAAGAAGUACCACCAAUUGUGCUAGAUCCUCCACCUCAGGGUAAACGUUUAGAAACAACACCUAAACACAUGCCAACUAAAGAAAAUUUGAACGAUCAAAUAUCAAAUAAGAAUGUACAAAAACAGAAAAACUUAGCAACCAUUCUGAGAACAACUGGUCCACCACCGUCUCGUACAACUAGUGCUCGUUUACCUUCAAGAAAUGAUCUUAUGUCCGAAGUUCAGAGAACUACCUGGGCAAGACAUACGACCAAAUGAUGAAGAAUUUUUUUCAAAAUAGUUUUUGUUACUGUUCACUAAAUAUAUUUUUUUUGAAUAGAAUAUUCUUUCUAAUGGAAAAAAAAAUAUAUUUUCUUUAAUUUUUUUGAAGUAAAAAUUAAUUUGGAUGUAUAAAAUUUGGAACUGAUUGAUUGAAAAUUGUAUAAUAGAUCACUUGCACAUUUUGUACCGUUUUUAUUAUACUCUUCUUAAAUUAUUAAAAUUAUUUCUAAUUUUAAAUAUAACAAAAAUGUUAUAUUCAUAUAUAAAAGUUCUACUCUUUCUUGUAAAUGAAAUAGAAAAUUUAGUUCUUGAUGUAAUAAAGAAAUCCAAAAGAUUAUUCACAAUUUUGAAUUGAUAAAGAAAAUACAUUAAUAAAUUGAAUAUUAAAAUUAAAUAAAAGAUUAAAAAAGAAAAAUAUAAAUUUAGUUUUAUCUUUUAUAUUAAGCUUUUAUAUAAAACUGACCAAAAGCGUAGAACUUAUAAAGAGAAAGAAUUUAUUUGCAAUAAGAAACAAAUAAAUUGAACAUACGAUAAAUGAAUACAUAAAAUAUUGUACAUACAUUUCAAUUCCAAUCAUUUUAUACUGUACUAUAAAAAGUAAAAUUAUUUAGAUUUGGACUGUGUUUAAAAUUUGUUAAAUUAUAUUUAACAAAUU